GUUUUAAAAAAGGACGCCCUCAUAAGCUAAGAAAUAAUUAUUUCACCUAAAAAAUCACAACCACACGCAAUCCUCUUGUUUUUGUUUUCUUUCUUAGAGUUCAACUCUCCGCCAAAGAGAAGAGGAGAAGAAGUCUUGUAGGAUUUGAAGAAGCAGCAGUAAUGUUUGGUGGCGGUGGCGGUAGUGUUUAUUGGGGAAGGAAAGAAGGUGAAUCGAAAGGAAUUGUGGUCAUAUUCGCAUGGAAUUCGAUUCCUGAGGAACACUUGAAUAGUUACUUGGAUUUGUAUUCCUCUCUUGGUUGGAAUUCCCUCGUUUCUCAUGCCGAUUUCCUCUCCGCAUUUUAUCCUGAAAGGGCUUUGUCACUGGCAUAUAUUCUCCUCAAUGAGCUUGUUGAGGAUCUAAGGGUUAGACCAUGUCCAAUUGUAUUUGUUGCAUUUUCUGGGGGUCCAAAAGCUUGCAUGUACAAGGUUUUUCAGAUUAUUCAAGGAACAUGUGAAGGUCAUCUUAAUAUGGAUGAAAGUAGAUUGGUGAAGAAUUGCAUUUCCGGGCAUAUCUAUGACUCUUGCCCCAUAGAUUUUACAAGUGAUUUGGGUGCCCGAUUUGCUCUACACCCUGCAAUUCAAAGAAUGCCUGGUCCAUCAAAAUUUGUGUCUUGGGUUGCUAAAGGCCUUGCUUCUGGACUAGAUGGUUUAUACCUUACGAGGUUUGAGUCCCAGCGUGCUGAGUAUUGGCAGACUCUGUAUUCUUCAAUUGACAUGGGUGCUCCAUAUCUAAUUUUAUGCUCAGAGAAUGAUAACCUCGCACCGUAUAAUGUUAUCUCCAAAUUUGCUCAACGAUUACAAGAUCAAGGGGGAGAUGUUAAGCUUGUAAAGUGGAAUCAUUCACCUCACAUAGGUCAUUACCAGCACAAUCCAAUCCAGUACAGGGCUGCGGUGACCAAUUUGCUUGACAAGGCACCUUCAGUUUAUUAUCGAAGAAUCCAACAACUCAGAGAAGGAAUUGGCCUGGACAGCAUGCAUGAUGAGAUGUCCGAAUUAAUAUGUGACCUUCAGAAAGCUGCUGUUAACUCAAACCAAAGCUUAAGAAGAGUUGCUGUUGAGCCAGGUGACCACUUCUUUGUCCCCAGUUCAGCAGAAUAUUACAAUAGCAGGGAGUCGGGACCCCUCCAAGAUGAAAGGAAAGAAAGAUCAAUUUAUCUGCCAAACCCUCCAAGUAUUAGCGCUCACAGUGUACUUGGCCAAAUCCUCUUUGAUGCAUGUGUCCCGAAGAAUGUUGAAGGUUGGGAUAUUAGAUUUUCCGGUUGUCUGAAUGGGCAGCCAAUAGCUUCUGCUCAGAGGAGACACUCGCCUUUUCAUGGUAUCAAAUUCACUCGUCGCUCAAGAUUAUGAUGCUGUCUGGACUGGAGACACAGCGAAAUCCUGCCAUUGGCUUUCCAUGCAUCCAUCAAAAGUUUGUAGGAGAUUUUGAGCAAGCUGUCUUUAUGCUGGAGAUGUAAUGCUGGAAACUAAGCGAUGAAGUAGAGGUCUUUUGACAUUUUGCAGGACAACUGUCUUGGAUAUCUUUGCUCUAGCUUCUGGGCCAUUCCUGUGGCAUGAUAGUGUACAGGUAGAAAUAUUAUGCGUGCAGUGGAGUGCUUGUGACAGAGCUGCUUGAUAUGUGUUGCUAGGAAAUUUUAAUGUAUGAUUGGCUGGUCUGUGAUAUGCUUGUGAGAAGAAAACAAAAGAAGUUUAUGGUUGUAUUUAUAGCUGAGGGUCUGGGCUUCUGAUUAAACUUUCUGCUCUAUGACCUGUGAUUUGACGAGGAGUUAGCAGCACAAGAUGUAUAGUAGUUUAUGCACACACUCUAUGGCAACGUGUAUCUAGAGCCAAUUGUGAUUAUUGAAAAUGUAUGUUCAAUAAAUUAUCAAGAUUCAGGCAGGAGUUUUUUUA